UCGAAUAAAAAUAAAUCAAACAAAAAGCAUGGCCAACAAGCCGACCCGGGAUGUACUCGGCAUUAUCUUCCAAAACUUCUGGAAGUCCUUGCGGCCGCGUCAGUUUCGUGGGGAUUUAAUUGGGGAGGACUAUUUCGGAAAUAAGUACUACGAGAUUCCGGCAAAUCCAUCGAUUGGAAAGAGGAAGCCCUCGCGGUGGUUUGAACCGGCGGAUAAGGAAGCCUUCGAUCAGGAACUUACCGCCGAGUGGGAGGCGUGGCUGCGCGGACGCCGGGAUGAGCCGCCCACACGCGAGGAACUGGUGAAGAACCUGCAGAUCAUGGACAUGAAGAAGCGCAAUGCCGCCGAACUGGAGGCCACCUACGCCAAGGGCAAGGACGACAAGGCGCUGCCCAAGCAGGUGGACGGGCCGACCAUCGGAACCUUCCCUAAGUACAAGGAGUACGAGUUUAUUCCUGGCAAGGAGCCGCCGGAGAAGUAAAUUUAGUAUUGGUAUUUUUAAAGAAUUUAAUGUGUAAAUAUAGUUAAAUUGAUCUUAAA